AUGCCUCCUGUGCCUUUUUACUCCGCUAUCAUCAGAUCCGACACUGCUCGCAUUGUCAUUAAGCUAGGCUCAAAUUUCACGACAGUCCCUGGACCAGGGAUCCGAGUCAUUGCCUUUGCCUCCCAAUUCUACCAGAACGGCUCCCCCAAUCAUGGUUCCUUCCAGCAAUACACUUUGGCCCAGUCCGAAGCUGUUAUCCCACUUCCCGAUGGCCUCUCCUUCGAAGAAGGCGCAGUAUUUCUUUUCGUCGUCCUGACUGCCUUGACUGCAUGGAUCACGAUCGGCAUUUCGCUCGACACCAAGUACACCCCCGCAGACAAACAGGCAGUCCUGAUCUGGGGCGCAUCGAGCAGCCUGGGUACAUUUGCCGUUCAGUCAGCUAAGACACUCGGCUUCACCGUGUACGCCACGGCCAGUCCCAAGCACCAUGACCUCGUCAAAAAGAUUGGAGCCAAUGCGGUUUUCGAUGACAGGGCAAGCGUUGUCGUCUCCCAGAUCGUCAGCGACGUAAAAGAAGAUGGUGUUAACCGGAACACUGCGCUCUGUGUUGUCGAUGGAGCUUUUUAG